CCCGACCCGCCUGGCCAGUAUCCUCUCUUCACUUACUUUAACAGACCCCUUCUCUUCUCUGAAAAAAAACCCUAAUCACCCAAAAAACGAGAGGAGAAGAACGAGAAACAAAAGUUUGGAAAGAAAACUCCAAAACUCAAAAACGCAGCAAUUCAAUACCAUGAAUACACCAUAGCUUCUGCCUGUAGAAAACCCAGUUGAAACUUCACCUAAAGUACCAUUGUUCUCCUGUUGAAUCACUCCAAACCCGGCUGAAAAUAGCACCAAAAAUCACCCUUCUUCCUCAUCGAGACUCCACCCAAAACCAGUUGAGGUUUCGGGUAAAGUUGGAGGUCGUUGUUUUGGGGUUUCGGACAACAUAGGUCCAGUUUGGGUUUUUUCUGGCAAUAUUUUCGUUUUGGUUCAAUUCCUUGUCAAGAGUCGACAUUUAUCUCCAAUUUUGCAUUCAUUAUCAACAAGGUAUUGUAAACCAUCUGGAGGUUCUUACUGAUAUAUUCAUAAAGCUUCAAAGAAGUACUUGGGAAGAGUUCUCUGAUGGCAAAUGAAGAAGUCAUCGCUGUUAAAGAUGCUAUCCACAAGCUGCAACUCUGUCUUCUUGAAGGCAUUAAAGAUGAAAACCAACUCUUUGCUGCUGGGUCUUUGCUGUCCCGAAGAGAUUAUCAGGAUGUAGUAACUGAACGAACAAUAGCAAACAUGUGCGGUUAUCCUCUUUGUAGCAACUGUCUGCCUUCUGAAAGGCCUAAGAAGGGACAUUACCGGAUAUCAUUGAAGGAGCAUAAAGUUUAUGAUCUUCACGAAGCAUACAUGUACUGUUCAACAAACUGUGUUGUCAACAGUGGAGCAUUUGCCCGUAGCUUGCAAGACGAGAGAAGCGAUACUUUAAAUACAGCAAAACUUAAUGAAGUCCUGAAGCUAUUUGUGGGAUUGCAUUUGCAUUCCACAGAGGAUGUGAAGGAUAAUGGAGAACUAGGAUUAUCCAAGUUGAAGAUUCAGGAAAAACUGGAUGUAAAGGGUGGUGAAGUUUCAAUGGAUGAGUGGAUGGGUCCAUCUGACGCAAUUGAAGGCUAUUUUCCACAGAGAGAUCAAAGUGUGAAGCCAGCACUGCUGAACAACAUUAAGAAAGGAUUCAAGAAUAAGCAGACCAAACUCCAAAAUAAGAAAAACAUGAUACUAAACGAGAUGGACUUUUCCAGCACUAUAAUAACUCAAGAUGGGUAUAGCAUUUCAAAGUUACCAGCUCCUAUAAAUGUUGUCUCAAGUAAAAAGGUUAACGAAGCACAAACAAAAACAAGCUAUGAAGUUGGGGAUGCUGAUGUUUCUAUAUUGGGGAAGCAAGUUGAUGUCUUGCAGUUGUAUUCUGGAGAAGAAACAGAAAAAACAGAUUCGAAUGAUAGAAGUUAUAAGGUCGAUAAAUUUAACAACAGAGAAGUGUCCUCUGGUCCUUGCCAACAUGAUGUCAGGAACAAAAGUCUUGAGGUACUAAAUAUGUCUGAUGCCGGAAGAGAAUAUGCAUCAGACGGUGCACGUGAAAAACAAUCGCUCAGAUCUUCUCUAAAAUCCUCAAAUUACAAGAAAAUGGCUCGUUCAGUUACUUGGGCUGAUGAAAAUAUUGAUAAUGGCACUGGAAAGAAAAUGGAGUGUUCAGCCGAAAUAUCAGAAGAAGCGAAUCAAGCUUAUAUGGGAUCAGGCCCUACAGACAUGGAAGAGGAUGAUGAUUCAUAUCGAUUUAAAUCUGCAGAAGCAUGUGCAGCAGCACUAAAACAAGCAGCAGAGGCUGUUGCCUCAGGUUCUGAUGUCCCUGAUGCUGUGUCCCAUGCCGGGAUUAUAAUAUUGCCACCUCCACAAGAAGUGGAUGAAGCAAUACUUCAGGAGAACGAUGAGGUGCUUGAUACAGAACCAGCUCCUUUAAAAUGGCCAAGAAAACCAGGGGUGCCAAAUUAUGAUGUUUUUGAAUCAGAGGACUCUUGGUAUGAUAGUCCACCAGAGGGGUUUAAUUUGAAU